CUCGCAAUAUAAUUCUAUCAUAUCGAAUUAAAGAAGGUGAUUUGAUCUAUAUUUUUUUUUUAUCAAUGGCGUCAGGGCAGGAAAGGCAAGAGCUGGAUGCUAGAGCUAGGCAAGGUGAGACGGUGGUUCCCGGCGGCACCGGCGGCAAGAGCCUGGAAGCGCAAGAGCAUCUGGCGGAGGGGAGAAGCCGUGGAGGGCUGACGAGAAAAGAGCAGCUAGGAACGCAAGGGUAUCAGGAGAUGGGAAGCAAAGGAGGGCAAACCAGGAAGGAUCAACUGGGUACAGAAGGGUACCAGGAAAUGGGCCGCAAAGGUGGUCUCAGCACCAUGGACAAGUCCGGCGGCGAACGCGCCGCCGAGGAAGGCAUCCAUAUUGACGAAUCCAAGUUCAAGACCCAUCGUGCUUAAAACAAACUUUAAAACAAUAUAUAUUAUGUCUUUGUUUUGGUCCAUGCCGGCCUGUUAUGCAUGGUUUAUGUAACGUUUAUAUCUAGUUGCUUCAAUUCUGCGAGUCUGCAUGUAUUGCUUAGCUUAUGGUCCUCCAAAUUUCAAGAAAUUUAUAAAGAAAAUGUUGAGACAA